AUGACCCAGAACAAGACCCUUAUUUUCAAGAAAAUCCCCAUGGCACUGCCUGUGGCAGGGGAGCAUCUUGUAGUGGAGGACCGCCCCAUCGACCUCAACGAUGCCCCCGAGGGCGGUCUCGUAGUCGAGAUUCUCUACGCGAGUUUCGAUCCGUAUCUUCGCGGCAAGAUGCGUGAUCCCAGCAAGAAGUCUUACUCGCCUCCGUUCGACGUCGAGGGGCCCAUCACGAACGCGACCAUCAGCAAGGUUCUGAAGAGCAACAACCCCGACUUCCCGGAGGACAGUUUGAUUGUCGCCCACACGCCCAUCGCCGAGUUCGCCCGCGUGACCCCCACCGCCCUGCAACAGGCCCGCCAGGUCCACAACCCGCACAAUCUCGACCUCGCGCUGUUCCUCGGGCCGCUGGGCAUGCCGGGACUCACCGCCUGGUCCAGCCUGCACAAGAUCGGGCAGCCGAAGAAGGGCGAGACAAUCUUUGUCAGCUCCGCUGCUGGCGCCGUGGGACAGGUCGUUGGCCAGAUUGCCAAGCGCGAGGGACUCACGGUGAUUGGUUCCGUUGGGUCUGAUGAAAAGCUUGAGUUCAUUACCAAGGAGCUUGGCUUCGACGCCGGAUUCAACUACAAGACUGAGAAGCCCAAGGAUGCGCUGCCUAAGUUGGCACCGGAUGGAAUUGAUAUCUAUUUCGAAAACGUGGGCGGCGAUCACCUUGAGGCGGCUCUUACGAGCAUGAAGGUUGGCGGCAGGAUUCCAGUCUGUGGCAUGAUCGGCAACUACAACGUGCCGCCUGAGCAGCAAGAAGGCAUCAAGGGUCUGAUGCAGCUCGUCUCCAAGCAGAUCACCAUGGAAGGUUUCCUCGUUGGCAACCCCAAAUUUGGCCCCGCUCACUUCAAGGAGCAUCAAGAGAAUAUGCAGAAGUGGCUGGCUGACGGAAGCGUCAAGGCCAAGCUCUCCAUCACUGACGGUAUUGACCAUGCAGCUGAUGGCUUCAUUGGCAUGCUUGUAGGCAAGAACUUUGGCAAGGCUGUGCUGAAGAUCAAAUAA